AUGGCGGAAUGGCUGAGGGAUUAUUACAACACGGUUCAAGAGAAAUUCUUCGGGUUGUACGUUUUCGAUGAACCUUUCUUCGUCGUCAAAGAUCCAGAAAUUGCUAAAAAUGGUAAUUCCCUUCCCAGUAAAUUUUACUCCAAUAGUCUCUUCUCCAAUAACACGGUGCAAGAGAAAUUCUUAGGAUUGUACGUUUUCGAUGAACCUUUCUUCAUCGUCAAAGAUCCAAAAAUUGCUAAAAAUUUUCUUUUAUUGCAAUUGUUCACCAGAAAAUUUUACUCCAAUAGUCCCUUCUCCAAUAACACGGUGCAAGAGAAAUUCUUAGGAUUGUACGUUUUCGAUGAACCUUUCUUCGUGGUCAAAGAUCCAGAAAUUGCUAAAAAUAUCACCAUCAGGGACUUCCAGCACUUCACCGACCGCCAAGUGUCGGGCCCCAGCCACGACGUGCUCCAGCAGAACUUCCUCUUCUUCCAGAAGAGCGACGUGUGGAAAUCGGCGCGCACCAAGGUCACGCCGGCCUUCACGGCCGGCAAGAUGAAGGCCAUGUACCAUCUGAUAGACGCCAGCGGACGGGACCUGAGCCGCUGGCUGGAGACCAACGCCGGGCCGGUCGAGGCCAAGGAGCUGGCCGCCAAAUACUCCACCAACGUGAUAGCCAAAUGCGCGUUCGGCAUCGAUCCGGAGUGCUUCGUGCGCGCCAAGCCGAUGUUCCGCGAGAUGGGCAGGAGGUUCUUCGAUUUCAGCUGGAGGAACGGCUUCUGCCAGACGUUGUAUUUCCUGAAGCCGCGAUGGGUGGAUAGGCUUAAGAUAGAUUUCGUGGAUGGAACCAGUCUCAAGUAUUUCGCUGGGGUGUUCCUGGAUACUCUCAACAGUCGAGUGGAUGAUGUCAAGCACAACGAUUUUAUUGAUCUGUUGAAGGAGUUGAGGAAGAAGGAGCCGUUUAAUGAUGAUCAAAAGCUGGCUGGUGUUGCUAUACAAAUAUUCAUGGCUGGAUUCGAACCUACUGCUUCCACAAUCGCCUUUACUAUGUACGAAUUCAGUUUGAAUAAAGAAGUACAGGAUAAAGCGAGGGAGGAAGUUCUUGGUGUUUUGGAGAAAUACAACGGGGAAAUUACCUACGAAGCUGCUAAGGAUUGUACCUACUUGGAUAUGUGCAUGAAAGAAACAAUUCGCAAAUAUCCGGUGUUGCCGUUUCUGGAUAGGGCUUGUACUGAAAAUUACAAAGUACCCGGUACUGAUGUGUUAAUAGAGAAAGGUACAGCAGUGAUAAUUCCGAUGUACGGAUUUCAAAUGGACGAACAGUACUUCCCGGAUCCCUACAAAUACGAUCCGGAGAGAUUCCGGGAGAAGAUCGAUUCCGACAAAGGAUUGAUUUACAUGCCGUUCGGCGAAGGGCCGAGAAUUUGUCCAGGCGAAAGAUUCGGAUUAUUGACCGCAAAACUGGCAAUAAUGUACACCAUAAGGAAAUUCGAAAUAGAAAAAUGCGAAAGGACUCCCGAGCGGGUCGAAUUCGAACCGAAAAGUUUCCUGUUCCAAUCGAAAGUCGGUUUAUACAUUAAUUUCAAAACCUUAAAUUAA